AUGGCCCCCAGAGCCUUCAAGCGCUUGACGCCGACCGGCGAUGUUUGCGUGAAUCUGGCGCCGAAGGCCUUCAAGCGUCUACGGCGGGCAAGCGAUGCCAUCGAGCUGGAGACAGACGCAGGCGACGACACACUCGCAAGGGAGCCAGAGACCCGGGAAGAAGCCAACGACGCGAGCAGCAAGGUUCUGCAGAAGAAGCCUUCCACGAUGAGGACGCGAAGGAAGCGGGCGCGGCGGAAGCCGGCGGGCGUUCGCGGCGACUCCAACUUCUGCCAGGGCCGAGCCGGUAUUCAUUGUUGCUUUUCUGCAAGCGUGCCGGGACAGAGAGCGCGCACAAAAGCCGAAGCUUGCUGCGUCUUCUGCAAGGCGGCGACGAUGGCACGGGCUUGCAGCAGCGCUCGAGGACGGGGUCGCGUGGUGGAAUCGCUUCGGUACUUCCGCAGCUUCUACGAGGACAACAGCCGUGUCUACAACGCCGCUAUCCUGCGUGUGCCGGAGGAGCAUCGGGACGACAUGCAUGCGAAGGCCGUCGUGAAGCCCACGACUGCAUCGAGGAGCGUCGAUUGGGAGUCGCUGUUGAACCGGAGACGACGAGCACAGGGCCCUCUGACCUCCGCCAAAACGAAGAAAUAUCAGCGCCAAGUGAAGGCGGACCGAGCCAAAGUGCAGCAGAAGUUUUUCGCGAGGCACCGGCAAGCGCCUCCAGAGCCAAGAGACAUCGCGGAGAACGACGCCGGGUUGCCUGCGCCCGUCCUGACGGAGCGGGCAAGCAUGGUGGAGAGCUGGUGCAAGGAAGGGUCCUGGGCCAUGUGUCAGGACUGCGGGUCCAUGAACCCUCGCAGGUUGGAGCCCAUAGACUGCAGGAGAGUGGCGCAAGCUACCGUGACGAAGCGAGCCUGCAAGAACUGUUGCGACGGCAAAAUCAAGAUCCCCGCCUACGACGACAUCCCGGAGCCCUUGCGAGACUUGCCGGACAGUGUCAUAGACGCUCUACGUCCCCUGGACAUAGACGUAGGCCCGUACCGGCGGGCGCAGUACGGGUAUCGCAUGCACACCUCCAUGAUCCGCUUCGCCUGGCGCGAGAAGAACGUCAAGAGCAGCCUGCGGGGACUGCCCGACGAGGCGCAAGCCUCGGCCAGACGUGCCUACAAGUACUUGAUGUCGUGCAAGGAGUCGGCCUACAAAGACUUCGUAACGAGACACAACAAGUUCUUGGACAAGCACCCGGACGGCGCAGACGAGAAAACUCGCAAGAGGCCUCUGCAGUUUCUGGAAACGCGCGGUCUGGAGAAUUGUCUCUGGCCGCAUCUAUACUGGCGGGAAGACAUGUGCGAGACCUUCGUUCGGGCCACAGACCCGAGACGGGUUGCUCGCGGGCGAGGCGCGGGCAGGGACGGAGAUGCUGCCGAGCGCGAGUCAAAGUCCUUUGUGGAGCAGAUGCAGGAUGUCGACAAUGACCAGUCCGAUGAUGAUGAGGAUACGACUGGUAGGCAUUCCAUCAAAAGAUCCUUCAUGCGGAAAGUGCUGGGACCGCUGGUGGGGUAUUCGGAAUGCUGGGACCUGCUGCAGUUCAUCUACGAUUUAGCCCUCUGGUCCCGUAUCGGUGGGGGCAAGAAUGCUUGCAAGGGGUUGGCUUUACGAUUGGUCCUCAAGGGCGAGACGUUUUCGCCUCUGUACUUCAGGACGAGACAUCAAGCCCUCCUGGAUUUACAGCGACAAUGCGGCCACCCGCAGCUCUUCAAGACGAUGGCGCCUUGGGAACCCAGCUUCCCGUAUCACACUUGGAUUCUGGACGAGAUGCGCAAGUGCGGUCGGAGGCGAGGCGGCUCCAGUGCCCAAGGCGCAAUGGAACAGGAGCUGGCCGGCUUGGAGACACUGCACCAUGCGCACGUCUUCACCGAGCUGGAGCGAGGCUUGUACACUGGCUUCAACAAGCGCCACGACUCGGAUGGCAAGGAGGCGUGGCGCGAGCACAUCCUCGGCCCCGAGACGACCGCGGAGGACGAGCCCCACGAGGAAACCUCGGCUGGCUUCUUCUUCCGCCUGGAGUAUCAGGAUGGUAAACGAAAGAAGGCGACUCAGGCCUACCACGGCAGCGGUCGCGUGCAUUGCCACAGUCUGAACUACUUGGAGAAUCCCGAGCGCGUCGGCCUGCACCGCAAGAUCUCGGCCACGGUGCCCGCCGACGACCAAGUGGCUCUGAAGGCCUAUAUGUUGGGCCGACCGCACACCGCGGGAGCCGAGACAGGCUGGCCCGUCUUCGAAGGCGAGAGCGCCUGGGACGAUGCCAACCAGCAACUCCUCUUGCAUCACACACAAGAAGACAGAGAUGCCGGGCAUAGGGCAUACUUCCCGGAAACGCUGGAGAUCGCCAAGUGCCACCAGGACGCAGUGGUUGCCAACGACAGGGGACCGCUGCUGAAGUACUGCGCUACCUACACUCCUAAGUUCAGCGACGCCUUCCAGAAGGAGUGGUUGGUGGACGAGGCGUCUGCCUUCUCCGUGGCCAGGCGCGUCCUCUUCGACUACAAGCCCUGCGAGCCGGAGAUGUGGCUCUACCUGGCGGCCAAAACCUUUCCUCCGUGCCGCCACAGCGGGACCAUGGUGGAGCUGCGCGCCCCUUGGCCGGGCAUGCCGGCGAACCGCAUACCCAAGAUCGCGGCACACUACAUGUCUUCGACGUGGCGGGGCGCCAAGAUGACCCUCCUGGAGUUUGCUCGCAAAUCCAAUGAAGACGGCCAGGUCGCCUAUUGGAUCAAGCAGCGGCACAAGCGGGAGGCUGCCCGAUCGUCUCUGGAGGCGUAUGCUAACGAGAUCCGCAUGAAAGGCGAGAAGCUCGUGGCGGUCGACAUGGUGAGCAUUAUGAACGAGCGCUACUUCCUUCAGUGGCUUGCUUUGCACGUGCCUUUUCGGAGUCUGACAGACUUGGAAAGCCCCGAGAUCGCGGAGAAGGUGCCGGCGCAAUACGCACCACUGGCACACGCCCUGAGGCUGAGGCCAGACUUUUGGAACGACGAGGAUGAAAUCACGAAGGCUCUCGAGCUGGAGGCUGCGGGCAAGACGAAGGUGAAGACGUUCCUCGCCAAGAUCAAGGCAGAGAAAUUCUUGAUAGGCAAAUAUCUUGCAGGCGAGCUCGGCCGGGACGACGACCCAGGUAGACGAUCUCUCCUGAGGAGCGCCGGAUUCGGCGGACAAAGCUCCGAUGAGGACGACGAGCUGUCGAAGCUGACACUGAACGCUCAGCAAAAGUUCUUCGAGGAAACCAUCAUGACUAGAGUCGACUUCGUCCAGAAGGCCAGGCAAGUCGACGACGAGGACGAGUUGGAGGACCUGCUCACGGAGGCUCGGAAGAACGCCAGACCCGUUGCAGGCCUGGGACCUCCCGGCACUGGCAAGACCACAGUGGUGGACAGAUGCGCCAGAAAGGUCGUCAGACGUGGAGGCCACGUCCUAUACGCGCUGCCAACGGCUCAGCAAGCCUCCAGAGUCCGAGCUCGUCAUCCCAGCUUGGACGUCGACACUUGUGCAGCCGCUUUCUACUUGUACAAGAAAGACAUCACGGAGCACCUCGACAGUCUUAAUCAGUAUGAUCUCAUAGUGAUCGAUGAGGUGUCCCAGCUGAGCUCGGAGGACUUCGAGCGGAUCGUGCUCAUGUGGGAGGCCGCCGAGAAGAUGCCUGCAUUGAUUCUAACGGGCGAUUUCUGGCAGCUCCCCGGAGUGAGCGGAACGCAGGCGGACGAAAGCAUCAGGUGGAAGCAGGUCUUCGUGAUCGACCUUCACGAGAUGUGGCGGUGCAAAGAUCCCGUCCUGCGCAAGAAGCUGCUGCAGCUCCGCGUGUCCAUGCCCGACAGGAGGCAGGUUCAGGAGAUCUGCAAGGGCCACAAAGCCUGGACUCAUCUGGGCGACCCGACACUGGACGAAGUCAAGAACGUCCUAGCCAAGCACGAUUGCGUCAACAUGGCGGCCUGCACAAGGAAGGCGGCCGCGACCCUGAACGAGCUCAGCGUCGAGGUCCUGUUCGGGCACGAGCGAAAGCCGCUCUGCUCGCUGGCGGCGGACUGGGAAAGCAAUCCAGAGAACUACGAUGCGGAGGGCGCUCUGAAGAGUGGCAAGCUGGAGCCGCUGACGAUGAAGAUCUACGCCGGGAUGCGCUUGUUCCUGACGCGGAACGUGAACAAGCGGGGCGAUUUCGUGAACGGCAUGCAGGCCGUCGUCCAGAGAUACGAUCGGGACUCCGGCUGCCUGCAUGUCCUGACCGCGACACAGCGGCAGCUGGCGGUGUUUCCCUUCACGGAAGACCUGGCAGGCGGCAGGCGCCUGACGUUCUGGCCGGUGAGGCCAGGCUACGCGAGCACCAUNNCACAAGCUACAGGGGGCCGAGCUGGACAAUAUCUGCGUCUGGUUGAACGUAAAGCAUUUCCGCGCCGGCGCAUAUGUCGCCAUGAGUAG